AUGAGCGCGGGUCUGGGGAAGGCGAGUAAGGGUAGCUUGCCGCCCGACCAGAACCAAAUCCGAGCGACGGCGCGUAGCGUAUCGCGCGCGCCCCAAAGAGCCAAUAGACCAUCACAGACGGGCUCCUAUGGGGCUAGUUUUCAGCCGGGGUUGUGGGAUAAGCGCAAUGAGUCACCGCGGCCUCGGCCUACAGCAGGAGAAGGAACGGGAGGCUACAAACCUCUGGAUCUCUACAUAACAUUUCAUGAACAGCUUGCACGUCGCGACGAUGUCAUGGAGCCGAUUGGUGACUCGAACUUAUGCAUGUACGCCCACCGCGUCCUCUGCUGGCAAACGCGCGCGCUUGUUCCAACUGUGACGGGUGCGGCGGUGUUAGGAGCGACGUUAAAGGCUCGGCUCGUUAAGCGACGUUGGUGUUCACAAAAUCAGUGGUACAUGCCACGGUUACCGAGUCCACACUUCAAGUUGAAAACGCUCGAGAACGACAUAAGACUUCAGGCCUGGUUUAAUACCAUACGACAUGGAGCUACGUCUAACAAGUCGGAUAUGCGCCUCGUUAAAGGCAAUUGA